GACUGGGAACGGCCGAGAUCUCGGGCUUCCCUGGAGGACCAGAACCCGGCCGCUUGCCCCCUACCGUCGAGGCCACGCCUCGCCCGGCCGGGCCCCGAUUUCUUGACUGACUGACCGGGCCCUGACUGACGGACGGGGGGGCUGUGUGGCUGACACGGGCCGGAAGGACAGACUUCCACGCAUGGCGCGUGGCAGGAGCAGGGUAGAGAAAGUCUCAGACACCCAGGCGCCGCACCCUUUUCUUUUCUACUUUUUCCCCUGCCUCUUCUCCUUCCUCGAAGGACUCGAGCCAGCACACACACCCCCAGUGGACCUGCCCCACGUAGAGUGCAAGGACCCAGAGCCACAGCCGCUGGGGGACAGCAAGGAGCGGCAGCAGGACGAGGAGAGCCGCGAAGAGGAAGCCGGUCGGGGGCCAGCCAGAAGUCAGGUUUCUAGCCCCUCUAUCGCCACCUCCAGUGCCAACCGCCAGCUGAUGAUGCUAGAAGGGAAGUCAGGACCCUACUUUUCCUCUCUGGACUUGAGCAUCGACAUCCUGAAGAAGAGGGCCCAGGACCUGAUUGAAAACAUCAACGAGAGCAGGCAGAAGGACCAUGCACUCAUGACCAACUUCAGGGACAGCCUCAAGAUCAAGGUUUCAGACCUGACAGAGAAGCUAGAAGAGAGGAUGUAUCAGAUUUACAAUCACCACAACAAGAUCAUUCAGGAAAAGCUCCAAGAGUUCACCCAGAAAAUGGCAAAGAUCAGCCAUUUGGAGACAGAGCUCAAACAAGUGUGCCACACCGUGGAGACAGUGUACAAAGAUCUGUGCAUCCAGCCUGAGGCUAUUACUGCAGAAGAAGAACAAACCCACAGAGAUGGUGAGAGCUGACAGCUUCUGGGAGAGUCCCCGCUUAGGCUCAGAGGCCACCAUUCAGGCCAUGCUGAGAAAAUUGUUUUUCACAGUUCUGUAAGGCAUCUUGGCAAAAAAUGAAAUAAAAUAAAAUAAUCCAAAAGUC